AUGUCUCUGGAUGAUGGAAUAGAGAGUCUCCUUGCAUUAGUGGCUCUGCGGCUGCUGCAGCAAGCCUGGGCCAUCACCGACCGCAUCUUCCCCUCCCUGCAGCCGCUGCUGAACCUCUUAACCUGCUCUCCCUCUCCCUCCCCGUCCAUUUCCUUCCCCUCCUCCAGUCUCCUUGCAUCUGCGGCUCUGCGGCUGCUGCAGCAAGCCUGGUCCAUCACAGAUCGCAUCUUCCCCUCCCUGCAGCCACUGCUGCUGCCGCCCUCCCUCUCCUUCCCCAAAAGCAUAAGAAUAACCAGCACCAGCAGCACAGCUAGCGGUGAUGUGGGGGGAGGAGAGGUGAUGGUGCUGGCAGCAGCAGCAAGCAUACGGGGAGUGUGUUGCCACGAUACGGACCGGGCAGUGCGGCUGGUGCUGUCAGUGCAGGCAGCUAUCGAGUCUCCAAGCCCUCUCGUUGCUGCCUUUGGUUUGGACGCCCUUGCUGCUCUCUGUGCUGCUGAUGCCGUGGUGCAGGCAGCUAUCGAGUCGCCAAGCCCUCUCGUUGCUGCCUUUGGUCUUGACGCCCUUGCUGCUCUCUGUGCUGCUGAUGCUGUGGUGAGGCUGGUGCUCUCAGUGCAGGCAGGCAUUGAGUCACCCCAUCCGCUUGUUGCUGCCUUGGGCCUUGACGCCCUUGCUGCUCUCUGUGCUGCCGACAACGUGGGGAGGGGGAGGGAGGAAGUGUGCUGCCUUUGGCCCUGUGCUUCCCACAUCGCCCCAUCCCAACCCAUCACUUCCUCUCCCUGCCCCUCCCGCUUCAACCCGUCUCAAUCAACAACCACUUCAGAUUUCUUUACGGCGUGGAAAGUGGUGUCCCGAUCACACCCCUCCCUGCCCGCGCAUCCAAUCACGGCUGCCCGUUUGUGCCACCUGCUGCAAUCCGCUGCUCUCGACGCCGCAGCCUAUCCCAACGCGACACGUGGCAUCAUGGAGGGCCUGUGGGAAGCUGCCAGGAAAGGGAGGGAGGGGGAGCUGAUAGAAGGAGGAGGGGGAGGAGGGGGAGAAGGGGAGAGGGAAUGGAGGCAGACUCGUGCUGCUGCGUUCACUGCACUUGCUGCUUUCACGGUGGAUGACGUGGCAACCACAUGGCCCUACCCCAGCACCCACCUGCUUCGAGCCUUCCUCUCAGAGCCCUCUCCUUCCGUGCGGCAAGCCAUGCUCCCCCUGCUUACCAAACUGGCAGACUAUCAACACAGGACCCGACCCCGGGGUCGGAGGGCUGUGGUGGUGGGCGGAGGAGAGGGGGCGGAGGGUGACGUGGCGUCUGCUGCCACGUCAGCCGGUGCGCCUGGUGGCGCCACGUGGCGGUCGAACAAGCUCCUGGCGGCGCUGCCCCGGCUGCUGUGUCCGGAGAGCUUCGGCGGCCGCAAGGGAAAAGAUGGACUUGAUGUACCUGCUGCCGCCUUGCUGCUGGUGCCGCCACCACCGCCAGAGCCGCUGUCAGGCGCAUCUGCUGGGAGUGUCAGGCAGGCGCGGGUAGACCUGGAGAAGGCUCUCAAGGAAAGAGACGCACACUUCCACCGCAUCUUCCUGGAAACUUCUCAGUCUCUCAGCCGCCCGGCCUUCUUCCCGCUGGUGCUCUCCUCGCUCGCCGCCUGGACCCACUUCAUGCGCCAAUGGUAUCGCGCCAGGUGUCGCCUUCUGCACGCCACAGCCGCCGCCGCCCCUGCUGGUGGUGCUGCUACAGCUGCUGCAGCAGUGGGAGGCACAGAGACAGGGAUAGGGGGAGCAGCAGGGGGAGGGGGAUUAGUGGGAGCUGUUCCUCCAGGCGACGUGCCGGCAGCAGCAGCAAGGGGGCUAUGGUCAACAGUAACCCAAGGGUUCGACAGCGGUGUUCCAAUGCAGGCAGAGAACAGUGCUCUCGCCCUCGCCGCUCUCUGCCAAGCCUUGCCGCCCGCCCUCCACCCCCUUGUAGCCUCUGCUGCUGAUCUGCUCCGAGGGAGGCUCAAAGAUGGGGGGACGAGCGCGGGAUGGGGGGUGGAAGAGACGGGGGAAGGGGAAGAGGAGAGAAGGGGAGGGGGAGGGGGAGGGGGAGGGGGAGUGGGGAGGAGAGGGGGAGUGGGUGGGGAAGGGAGGGGGGUGGGUGGUGCAGGGUGGGUGGCGGUGAGUGGGUGGGCGGAUGCUCUAGCACUGGGGGCUGUGGGAGGGUGUCUUCAUGCCACAGAUGCCCACAUGCGACUGAGAAUAGCCAUUCUUCACACCAGGGUAAGCCAAAUCAUUCAAAUGGAUGUCUGGGUGACAUGUGCGGUGAGUGGGUGGGCGGAUGCUGUAGCGCUAGCGGCUGUGGGAGGGUGCCUUCAUGCUAUGGAUGCCCACAUGCGCCUCAGGAUUGCCAUUCUGCUCACCAGGGUAAGCCAGUUCACAU